AAGUGGCCUGUGGAGGGCAGCAGUACGCAUUUGCUGCGUACAGCAAAUUUCAUCAGAAGCAAAACAAACCGGGAGGACAAAUUUUUAUUUCCAGGAUAGCGAAGUCAUGACCCGUCCUUACUCUACUCUGAUUGGCCAAUCACAGUUGUGUUCGGUGGAUGGAUUGGUCAGCUUUGGCAAGACGAGCGGGAUUGGUUAGCGUUAGAGUAAGAAUAUCAGAAUAUCAGUAACAGAAUAUGCCUUCGCUAUCCUGGGAAAAAAAAAAUAUCGCCUACAGUAGUAACAUCAGUCAGGCUUAGCGCGGUUGCUGAAAUGAGAAAAUAGUGAAACCCGUCCAUUUGUGAACAGCAAAAAAAAAAUCGCAGUUCAAUUUAGAGAGCUGGAGGGAGAGCACUUAGACCCGGGAUGUGCUCUGUCUUCGGAUGUUGCUCGGGGCGUCGCAAUGCGCAACGGUACAAGUUACCGGAGGACCCAGAGAGGAGACUGGAGUGGGUUCAGUUUCUUGCUACGGUCAACAAGCAGCGCUUUAAGGAAUCUUCCUGGACAGACAUUACAAUCUGUGGCGAACACUUCGGAGACGACUGCUUUGAAAACCUAACAGCGGGCCAUUCAGGCAUGACAGGCAAGGUCCAGCUAACGUUAAAGCCCAGCGCUGUCCCAUCGCUGUGUCUCCAGUCUGAGUGUGAUGAACCUGAGCCAGUUGUGGAGAGUCCACAAUGUGAGGUACUUGUGGAAAGCACAGAGGUUGUUUGUCAGCGUUAUAAACCUAAAACAUGUGAUGGCCCAAGCCCAGUCCCCAGAGGUGUCUCAGCUCAUACCUCAGAAGCUUUCAUAUGUGUAUAUGGCCAGAUGCAUCCAAGAAAUGGGAAUUUUAAUUUGAUCCGAGAAAAAGCUGCCCUUCUACAUAUGAAAGGGAAGUACAUUGUGAAUGAAAAAAAACUCCUCCAGUUGUUUAGCCCCAAGUGCCCGUUAUGCGGUUCUAAGGUAAAGGUGAAGAAGGUCACCAAGGGGCUGCUCGUCAUCUUGAACCAACAGUGCACUCAGUGUGAGUACAGAAGCCAGUGGAAAAACCGGGUCAGUGCCAGUGUCCCCACAGCUGAAGAUCAACACCUGACAGGAUGGACAGAUGUAACUCCACAGACCCCACAGGCAGCGCCAACAGAUGACGGUCAUAGCAGCAUCGCAGCGAUCCCUGAGAUUGAUGCUGUUAUUGAUGAGGAGAGCGAACUCACGGAUGAAACAGAGGAUUCCAGUGAUCGCAGUGACAUGGAUUCAGAUGACGAUUGGAAGCCAACAAGUGAUUUUUUUCCGGUUAGAGUGCUUCAAAGCGACACAGAUGAUGAAACCGAAAAUGAAGAGGAAGAAAAUGAUGAUUCUCCUUGUCUCGCCCCCAAUCACAGUCAGCUUUGCACAGAGUGUGGAAAGUUUUUCAAUAAACAGAAGCAUCACAUGUGUGAGCACAAAAUUAAACCCUAUUCUUGCAAUAUUUGUGGUAAGAGGUGUGUCAGUGAGGUCGCUCUAAAUUUUCACAACAGAGUCCAUAAUGAAAACUAUGAACAUCGGUGCAAAUACUGCCACGUUACGUUCAAAACCAAGGUGGACAAAAUCAAUCACGAACAGAUACACAUCACUGAAGGAAAGCCCUACAAAUGUCCUGACUGCUCGGAGACAUUUGCCACAAAUAAGGAACGUGUUGUCCACCUGGAGGAUCACAGAGGCCCCCGACAGCUGAAAUGUCACAUCUGUGGCAUUGAAUUCCGCUCCCCACCUUAUCUGCGGAGACACUUGGCUGUGCACACAGGAGUGAAGCCGUUUAAGUGUUCAGUGUGCCAACGUGGCUUCAACCAGGCAGGCCACCUGAAGUCCCACAUGCGUCUGCACACAGGGGAGAGGCCUUAUAAGUGUCAGCAUUGUGACAAAUGCUUCAAUCACAACGUGAGCUUGAAGAGUCACGUCCAGCGUUACCACACACCCAGUUCCGGAUGUGAAAAGAUAAAAGAAAGGGAAAGUGACAGUGGUAAUGCUGAAGGUAAUGGGAAUACAAUAGGCACGGACUCUGAGUUUGACAACGUAGAAGAAGAACAUGACACAGAGGAGGAGGUGCAGAAGGAGAGAACAGAUCCGACAAAAAGUAAAAGGAGGAGCACUGGUAGAGCGAUUGGAAGACCAAAGAGAAAUGAAUCUGGCAACUUAGUUCUGGCAGCUCAAGUGGAAGGUCAGUGUUCAAACAGUAAGUGUGAAAAACAAAAGGAGCAGAAAGUAAAGAGAAAACAAUGCUGUGACGGAGACAGCGAGGACGAGCCGAGUGACAGCGACACGUGGUUCGAUUCAGCAGAGGAGGAGGAUGAGGAGAGGAGCAAGAAGGCGAAAAAGAGCCAACCGAGAACAAGGGCGAGACCAAAAAACUCUGACUGUGACUCUGAUUUUGACCCAGAAGGAGUAAAGAAAAACAGGAACGGCAGCCAGAACAGUGGUAAAAGUUUAGGGAAGCGUAGAGGAAGACCAAGGAGAAAUCUGGUGGUGUGAAGAUUCUUAAAAUGAAGCAUAGGAUUUGAUUUGGUCGAAACAACAAAGAAAGGAACCAUAUACAGUGGAGAUGGAUACAGAACUGGACUGAGAACUGAGAAAAAUGCAUAUCACAGACAAAACAUAUUCAGCUAGAUCAGGGCCUAAUUCAAAUUUCACUGCUGUUUUGCUGUUAAGAGAAGCUAUGGUUUUGAUUUUAAUAUAUUCUUGAAUCUUGUUACCUGAUAUGUACCCUAUAUAGAACCAAGGUGGAUUUAAUUAUAGUAAACAGGACUGAUAUUAAGGGA